UUUCAGUCUCAAUAUGGUUUCUGAAGAAGCUAUCCGUACAUCACUUGGUGUCGCAGGAAAUAUCACUGCAGUUACAUUGUUCUUGUCAACAGUGCCAACUUUUUUUCGCAUAUGGAAGAAAGGAAGUGUAGAACAGUAUUCACCAGUCCCAUAUCUGGCAUCGUUUUUCAACUGUGGUUUAUGGGUGUUGUAUGGGAUGCCAUUCGUGCACCCGCACAGCCUACUUGUGGUCACUACCAAUGGAGCUGGGGUUGCAAUCGAGUUAAUCUACUUAGUCAUCUUUCUAAUGUUCUCAGACACAAGAAAGAGGUUUAGGGUUGCAUUGGUGAUGCUAGUUGAGAUUUUAGUGUGUGGAGGACUCGUUCUUUUGGUGCUAACCCUAGUGCACACAACGCAUAAGCGAUCAGCUAUUGUUGGUAGCAUAAGCGUUGCGGCUAAUAUCCUCAUGUAUGCUUCACCGUUAUCUGUCAUGAAACUGGUGAUCACAACCAAAAGCGUGGAGUAUAUGCCUUUUCUUCUCUCCUUGUUUUGCUUCUCUAAUGGACUUUGUUGGUUUUUGUAUGCUCUUUUCCCAUUUGAUCCCUUCAUCGCAGUAAGUGCCAAAUGGGAUUGGAGCACUACUUGGCAUUCUCCAACUCCUAUUAUAUGCAACAUUCUAUAAAUCCACAAAGCAAAUAUUGGAAGCAAGAAAAGAGAAAUCAGAAAUGGGUUUAGCUGUGAUGGAGAAAGGCAACGUUGCCCAACAAAGCCACCCAUAAAUGGUCCAAUGGGCUUAAGCCCGUUAUCACCCGGCUUAUAAAAACAGUUUGACCUUUUGACUAGAAUAAUUGUUCUAUAUUAUGAAAAAUAAAAGGUAUAUAGUUUAGUAAAAUUAUUAUGAUUUGGUUGGAACUUGGAAGAAAAAACGAAUAUGGUAGCUUAGAAGUUGACUACGGUUAUAAUCGGUGGCUAAUUUGAUAGAAAUAUUGAUUUUGAUGCAUGUAUCUUAUUCUUCUCUUUCGAUAUUUAAUGAUAAAUGAUUAAAUAUUUUCUUUA